CCGCCCGGCGCUCCCGAGCCGAGGUGUCCGCCGCGCCGCCGCUGUCAGUCCGAGCUCAGGUGCUGCUCAGUCGGGUGCCGCUGCCGACGCCACCCGCGCGCCGAGGUCCGCCGGGCACGCUCCCCGCCGCAGAGCGACAUGUCUUGUGCGUCGUUCAUCCACGUCAACGAGGGGCCAUCGCCCCGGUCCCUGAAGACCGACUUCGAGGACAUCGAGGAUCACGCGGCACUGAUAGGUUUGCAGGCGUUGACCUUGAACCUCGCUUCGGCCAAUAGGGUCUCUGAGGAGCCUGAACCGCGCAAGAAGUGCCUGAAGCCUCUGAGCAUCUCCACGGCUCGCAAAACACCCGAGAAGCACGUAUCCAUCAGCCCGCUGUCGGUGACUCCCCGCAGCGUCGGCUCGAGCGCCCGCAGCCGGCCGUCUCCGUCGCGCAGCGACUCGUCGGGCUUCCAGAGCCUGCCGAGCCCGCAGAGUGCCGGCUCGGACGGCUCGCUCGGCUCCGGCUCCGGCUCCGUCUGCUGGCACCGCGGCCGCAUCGCCGGUGAUGCGCGUGUCUUCACCAAUCACAGCAACAUGGAGGUCAAGCCCAGUGAGAGCCUGGAGUCGAUAAACUCGCGCUCGGCCAGUGGAAGCGCCAGCAGACAGCGUCAGACCAACUCGCGGUCGCGCCAGGGAACGCCGCAGUCGCGCCAGGGCACGCCGCAGUCGCGCCAGUCUACGCCGCAGCCGCGUCACGGCACGCCGCACUCGCGCCAGGCCACGCCGCAGUGGCUCCACGGCACGCCGCAAAGGGAGAAUCAGAGGACGUUUGAGGAGUACGCCACGAUCUUCGACGUCCAGCAGGGGCUGAAGAAAGGGCAGCUGGUGGAGGGUGUCCUCCGGAUUAACGCGAAGAGCUACAAAGAUGCAUAUAUCAGCGCUCCGGACGGGCUGACGGACAUCUACGUUGGGGGAGUGCGUGAUCGCAACCGUGCGCUGCACGGCGAUGUGGUGGCCGUCGAGCUGCGGCCCCAGCAUGAGUGGAAGGUUCUGGAGAAUGCGCUCGUCACCUAUCUCAUCUCAAAUGGCACACUUAGCGACCUCGAAAUUCUGUACGAAACCGACGCGAACCUGCAGAAAAACGCCGUCCUCCUGGAUGCGAUUCUGCCCGACCGAUUUCCGCGUCCCUUGAGGCUGCUCUUGGCGCCGGGCGAGGCCGCCGCACCGCCGCACGACCCCGCGGCGCACAGCGACGGCCCGGCCCGGGCAAAGGAGACCUCACUGCCGGGCGACGACGGGGAUGGGGAGGGGGAGGGGGGACACGACAGCGUGUCAGCGGCGCUGGAGACUGUGCCGGUGACCUCAGCUGAAGCUCCGGCUCCGACCAUGGCUCCGGCUCCGGCUCCGGCUCCGGAGGGGUCUCCGAAGAAGCGCGGUGGCCGUCCUCCGAAGAAGUCGGAGAGGCCAGGACAGAGGGAGGGGGCGGACGGCGCCUCGACGCCAGCGCCGGCCGUUGACGGCGGCUCGCUGGGCGUGACGGUGGAGCGGGCGCUCAAACACCCCGAGUGGGGCCGCUUUGUUCAGCGCACUGCCAAGGUGGUGUCCGUGCUGGAGAAGAAGCACCCGCGCUGCGCGGUCGGCGAGCUGCGCCAGUUUCCGGACGGCAGUCGGCACCAGGCGCUGUUCGCGCCGCGCGACCACCGCGUGCCGCGCCUCAAGGUGGCCGCCGCCGACUGCCCGGCCGACUUCUUCCAGCAGCCGCAGCUGUACGCGCGCACCCUCUUCAUGGCCCAGAUCACCGAGUGGACCGACCCCGGCUACGCCAGGGGGCGACUGUCGCGUCAGCUGGGCGAGACGGGCAGCGUGGACGUGGAGAUGGAGGCUAUCCUGCUGGAGCACGGGGUGGACACGCGCGAGUUCGGGCCGCAGGACCUGGAGGGCCUGCCGACGGCGCCCUGGACCAUCCCGGCCGAGGAGGUGGCCCGGCGUCGCGACCUUAGGGCCGAGUGCGUCUUCACCAUCGACCCGCUGACGGCGCGCGACCUGGACGACGCCGUCUCGUGCCGCCGGCUCGACUCGGGCCAGUUCGAGGUGGGCGUGCACAUCGCCGACGUCAGCUACUUUCUGCGCCAGGGCGUGCCGGCCGACCUGACGGCCGCCGAGCGCUGCAACUCGGUCUACCUCGUCCACAAGGUGAUCCCGAUGUUGCCGAGGCUGCUCUGCGAGGACUUGUGUUCGCUGAACCCGGCGCAGGACCGGCUGGCCUUCUCCGCCAUGUGGACGCUGGACAGCGAGGGCCGCGUCUUCGACGAGUGGUUCGGCAGGACCGUCAUCCGCUCGUGCACCAAGAUGGCGUACGAGCACGCGCAGAGGAUCAUCGACGAGCCGGAGCGGCCGCCGGCGGCCGAGGAGCUGCCGCCGAUCGACGGCCGCUGGACGGCCGAGGACGUGCGGCACCGCGUGCUCACGCUCCACCGCAUGGCCCAGUGCAUGCGCCAGCGUCGCGUCGACGAUGGCGCCCUGCGACUGGACCAGCCCAAGUUGUGCUUCGCGCUGGACGGUCCCAACGGCACGCCCACCGGCUUCUACACGUACCACCAGCAGGAGAGCAACCGUCUGAUCGAGGAGUUCAUGCUGCUGGCCAACAUGGCGGUGGCGCGGCGCGUGCUCCGCUCGUUCCCGUCGCUGGCCGUGCUGCGCCGCCACGCGCCGCCGCAAGAGGGCCCGCUGGCGGACGCCGCUCGCCUCCUCCGCAGCAUGGGGCUUGAGAUGGACGUGGCGUCGAGCGGCUCCGUGCACGACUCGCUGCAGGCGAUGGCCGCCAGGUGGCAGCAGGAGCUGACCCCGGACGAGGCACGAUCCCGCAUGGCCGUCGUCGUCAACCUGCUCAGCAAGCCGAUGAACGCCGCUGAGUACUUCUGUUCGGGCGUGCUGACGCAGCCGGAGCAGUACCGGCACUACGCGCUGAGCGUGCCGCUCUACACGCACUUCACGUCGCCGAUCCGCCGCUACCCGGACGUGCUCGUGCACCGGCUGCUGGCCGCCGCGCUGCAGUACGACCGGCCGGCACCGCUGCCGCCGUCGCUGGUGCAGAGGAUCUGCGUGCGCUGUAACGAGCGCAAGCUGUCUGCCCGGCUGUGUUCGGAGGCGUGCUCUCUGCUGUUCCUGGCGCACAUGGUGGACCUGUGCGGCCCUAUCCGCCAGCAGGCCGUCGUCAUGGCCGUGCUCGACAAGAGCUUCGACGUGUUCAUCACCGAGAUGGCCGUCUCACGGCGCGUCUACAUCGACAAGCUGGACGUGGAGUCUCUGGAGUUCACGAAGGCGGGCGGCGUGCCACGGCUGCGCCUGGUCUGGCGCGCUACCGACACCGAGCCGGCCUGCAGUCAGCUGAUUGAGCUGUUCUCGCGCGUGCACGUCACCCUGGAGCGGACGGACAUGCCGCUGAAGUUCAGCACGGUGGCGCUGCGGCCCGGAGCGGAGCUGGAGCCGGAGCCGGAGCCGGAGGCGUGAGAUUCAGCGCCGUCUCGCUGAGAUCUGGGGCGGACCUGGCGCUGUGGUGGUGCUCAGUGCCGUGCUGGAGGAGGCCCAGGCUCAGUACCGCGCCACCGUGAUUGCCGAUGGAGGUGGAGCUGGAGGCGGUAGCCUGGCGCGAACUUCAGCACCGUGGUGUGGCUGGACGAGGCUCAGGCUCAGCAGGAUGGUGUCGAAGCCGGGGGCGGAGCUGGCGCUGGGGGGCGGGCGCUUUUGUGAGGUUCGGAUGCAGCGCCAGCGCCAGGUGAGGCAGGCAGAUGCUGGAGCAAACUCGGUGUCUGCCUGCCACGCUCAGAUCGGGGCGGAGCGGAGCGUAGCUGGUGAAGGUUAGGUUAGGUUAGGCCUCCCAGCCGGAAACGCUGAGACCGGGAGCCGUGCUGAAGUCAUGACGGGGUGGGCCGGGCGCUGCCUGCGGUCGGUGGCGCCGGCUGAGGGGAAGAAUGGGUGGUGGCGGCGUGAAGGGUGCCUGAUGGAGAAGAGGGUUUGGUGAUGGUGCGAAGUGGUCUGACAUGCCAGGGAGUCUUGGAAAGCCGAGGCGCGUCUCCGGGUCCAGCCAAGGGCUAGUCGAGAGAGGGGCUGGCUGGACGAGAGAGAGAGAGAGAGGGAGAGAGAGAGAGAGAGAGAGAGAGAGAGAGAGAGAGAG